GAUAGACCCACGAACAUUGGCAUCAAACAUGGCCGCCAACAACAACGCGGGCGCCCCGGCAAAGACCGAUCAUCUCUUGGACGGUCUGAACGCCGUAAGCACUCACCUUACUUCACCAAACUUCCUUCGACAACUGACUGCGUCCCGUCUGCCGUCGGCUGCGGUGAGCGAUUCGUCGUCCUUGAGCCCCACCAAAGACGAAGCACGGUCGCGUGCACGCAAGCCGGACUUCAACAUCGCCGUCGCGCUUGAAGAUGAGAUCGAGAACGCAGACCUGAUCGCUCCCCUGAUUCAAGAGCCUUGUGCCGACGGUAGCACAGGUAGUAUUGAGCAGCGCGUCGUCGACUACCUAGAGGUGAACUUCGUGGACGCGCAUCGCGUCUACGCCAAGAUGGCUGCAGCGCAGAGCUUCCAGACCUUCUCGCAUGGCCACCAGGACCUCGUACUCGCCGUCGACUUCAAUUACUUCGGCACGCGCAUGGUCACGGCAAGCUCAGACCACCGUGCCAAGGUCUGGGACAAGAAGGACGAUUCGUGGACCCUCGUCGAGAGCUGGAAGGCUCACAAUGCUGAGAUCAUCGAUAUCAAGUGGAACGGCCCGUUCAUGGGCGAGGUGGUCGGCAGUAUUGGUGAAGAUGGCCACUGCAAGAUCUGGCAAGAGGAUGCUACUGAGGUAGCCAUGUCCGGCAAUCGCUUCAAGCUGAUCUACAACCUGCAGUCGUUGACCAACGCUCCAUUCAUGUCUUUGGACUUUAAGAACAUCAUGCAGGAGACUUGGCUCGCGCUUAUCACCCGCGACGGCUAUCUCACUGUGUAUGAGCCUCAAGACCAGAGUAACCUCCAUGAGUGGACUAUCCUGGCAGAGCGCUGGGUCUCCGAGAACAAUCCUCCAGAGCGUCAAGAUGAAGUGGGCUUCAAGGUCGUUUUUCACAAGGAAAAGCUGCCCUGCUGGACCGCCAUUACCGCUGGCCUCGAUCGCAAGUCGCUAUCCCUCGCUGUUGCCGCUAUGAAGGACGUCCUCAUCUUCCGCACUGACAAGGCCAAGCGCUUCUUCCAGGUUGCAAAGCUGGAGGGUGCACGCCAGAUCAUUCGAGACUUGGCUUGGGCUAACGGCUCUAUGCGGGGCUACGACAUCUUGGCUACAACUAGCAAAGACGGAGCUAUUCGCAUCUAUGAGCUUCGCACGCAGACCGAUGAUAAGAACGCUGCGCCUGGAACUGCAUCGUCAUCGGCUCCGCUGUCAGUAUCUCCGCGAGGUCAUCGACAGAACGCGCCGUCUGGAAUAGGAGCUGGACUGGCCGGAGCUUCGAAGGCUCCCGAUGCGUCUCUCGAAAACGAGCAGUAUCCUGGUCGCAUCAAGCAGAAGGCAGAGAUGACAGAUGAGCUGACCAACCAUCACGGAGCAGUUUGGCGUGUCACAUUCUCACAGAUGGGUGAUCUUCUCGUUACUACUGGAGACGAUGCCAGCAUUCGCACCUGGAAGAAGGCCGCUGACGGCCACUGGCAGGAAUACGCCCAGAUUGAGACCGCCGAAGACUAGCGGGCCAACCCAAUUCUAGUAUACCCAAGUUCCAGAUGCGUUUCCGACACAUUGUGGUUCAACAUGAAAGCAUGAUUAUGAUAUUUACGGCGUUGGUGGUAGAUGAAUUGGCAAUGGUCUUUUGGCAAGCAGGUAUCGCAAGCUAAGCGCACUGCACAACGAACGACUCUGGGAUCAUUUAGGGCGAGUUUUGUACGACUCAUUUUCGGUGUUUAGGCAUAUGAAGAACAUCACACGGCACACGACGCAGUGGUGCAUUCUGGCUACCGCACUCCGUCAAGUCAUCCCACGUUUAGAUACCCACGGCUAUCCAUCACGGAGCUUCAGCCAUAUCAUGGUGGGAACUUUAACUCUCUGUAUAGUACAAGUAUCAAUCGACCAAGUACAAUGUGGCAUUUUG